AUGAAACAAAAUCUCCUAUCCCCACCCAAUGCGGAGCUUGCAGAGCGCUUGUUAAAGAAGGUUCAAGAGCUGAUGGGUGCCAAGCAUUCGAAAAAGUCGAUCUCUGGUCGGUAUUCAUCUUAUGCAUCGAGUUCGGGUUCGCGAGGUAAUAAUGCCUAUCCACAAUCGUAUGCUCAGCCGGGGUACAGCUAUUCAUCUUCACAGCCAACCUAUGGUGGUCCACCACCCGAGUCCAAGAGAAAGCUGGAGAGGAAGUACUCGAAAAUAGAUGACAAUUACAGCUCUUUAGAUCAGGUCACGGAUGCCCUUGCUCGUGCUGGUCUGGAGUCAUCAAAUUUAAUUGUCGGUAUUGAUUUCACCAAGAGUAAUGAGUGGACAGGUGCAAGAUCAUUUCAUCGAAGAAGUUUGCAUCACAUUGGAGAUGAGUCAAAUCCCUAUGAACAAGCCAUAUCAAUUAUCGGAAGAACGUUAUCCAAAUUCGAUGAAGAUAAUUUGAUUCCAUGUUUUGGUUUUGGAGAUGCUUCAACACAUGACCAAGAGGUUUUCAGCUUUUUCCCUGAUGAGAGGUUUUGUGAUGGAUUUGAGGAAGUUUUGAGCCGGUACAGAGAGCUUGUUCCUCAAUUGCGACUUGCAGGACCAACUUCAUUUGCUCCUGUUAUCGAGAUGGCUAUCACUAUUGUCGAGCAAAGUGGCGGCCAGUACCAUGUUUUACUGAUAAUCGCUGAUGGUCAGGUCACAAGAAGUGUCGACACUAGUCGUGGCCAGUUAAGUCCCCAAGAGAAGAAAACUGUGGAUGCAAUUGUCAGAGCAAGUGAAUAUCCAUUGUCUAUCAUAUUAGUGGGAGUUGGUGAUGGGCCUUGGGAUAUGAUGAGGGAAUUUGACGACAACAUUCCUGCACGAGCCUUUGACAAUUUCCAGUUUGUAAACUUUACAGAGAUUAUGUCCAAAAACAUGGAUCGAUCUCGGAAAGAAGCUGAGUUUGCACUUUCAGCUCUGAUGGAAAUACCUUCUCAAUAUAAAGCCACACUGGAGCUUAACAUUCUCGGUGCAUCAAGGGGUAAGGUUAUCGAUAGGGUUGCUCUUCCUCCUCCUCUAUAUGGUGCAGCUUCUUUUUCUACACCUAAACCUUCACGAGCUGGCAGUUUUCGACCGAGCGCACCUUCUAGCAGCCAACACGAACCACCUGUUCGUACAAGCCAGUCUACAAGCAGCUGUACUUCAGAUAACCAUCUCUGCCCCAUUUGCAUUACCGAACCAAAGAACAUGGCUUUCGGCUGUGGACACCAGACAUGUUGCGAAUGCGGAGAAGAACUCUCGUCAUGCCCAAUCUGCCGAAUGUCCAUUCAGACAAGGAUAAAGCUCUAUUGA